AUGGCCAUGAGCUCCCAAAAACGUCCAGGAGAUGAGUUAAUCAGGGGUGUAGAUGCCAAGAAGCCUCGAACAGAGGAAGGCGUCCAAAGUCCCCCUGAUUCUGCCUCAGCCGAUCAUUUUAUCGUCGAGAUCAAGCUUAGAUCUUUGACCAAGGCAGGCCGAAAUGAUCCAAAAUCGCACAAAGAUCGGAUGGAAACAAGAUGGAAGGAGUUGGGACUUACAUCUCUGGACGUCAAGGAAAAGGAGGACAAAGUAGAGGAGCUGAUUGUAGACGUCCAUACGCAAUCAGAAGGGGCAGAAGACAGAGUUGAAAUCAGCAGCACUACGUUGUCCGAACCCCAGGCUCCUGAAAAUAUGAACACUGGGCAGAUUGAAUGUGGCCCUGCAGAUGGCGAGUCGAUGGAUUAUGACGAACUGCUGAUUGAAGACGAGUAUCCCGAAGACCGAAUCGAAGAUGAUAGUUCUUUUGAAGAAUUUACGGAAAAAUCUUCUGAUGACGAAUUUGCUGAGUUCGAGUGGCUAGAGCCUUUGGACGGAACUGUGACCUACACUGGAGGCACCGCAGAUGUUUCACAUCACAAACAAAUUGGUCACUGCGUGGGAAAAUUGAUUCGAAGGAGCAAGAUCCGUAGUAUUUUCUAUCAUGAGAUGGAAGAGCCCUCCAGAGAGACUUGCCUUCUCGCGUUUGACCUAUUCGAUCGUUACGGAUGCUUGAAGCCUGAGUAUAAGAAUCAUUCGAUUAGGAAAGGUUCUGGGAUCUGGAAAGAAGAACUCGACGAUGGUGAUAUCCUGCUUAUUGAGAAAAUUAAGAUAGAUGAAGAGUAUCGGCGACGCGGGCUUGGAAAUAGAGUCGUAACAGCAAUGCUGCAAAAGACUAGAGAGAAAACUCGAGGUUUCUUUGCGAUAACUUGGCCGACCGUACUCUGGACCGACAAGUUAGGAGAUGAGGUGGACGAGAAAACAGAAACGGAGCGACUGAUCAUUCUGAAAUCUUAUGAUAACAUUGCCCAGGCCUUCUCGCGAUCGCUGGGCUUCCGAAGAGUCGGUUCCUCUUAUUGGUUUGCUCUGGCCAGUGAUCCCGGUCACCCGUGCCAUUCCUUAUCAGUGAACGACAAUUACGAUCCCGAGACCCCGGCCACAGAUCCUUCUUGGUUUAUGUCUGAUAAGGAGGGAAAUACACUGCUCCAUAUUGCUGCUCUUAAUUCGCAGCCAAGGACAGUCGACUGGAUCAUGAAGAACGAGUUUGGUGAACAGAUGCUCAGUACACGUAAUGAUGCCGGGGACACGCCUUUGGAAGCUACUCUCAUGGAUCUCGAGGGGAAGAGAACGCGUAGAGAGGUCAUGAAUUUGACUGUGCCUAUGUCGGAUAAAUUUGAGGGAUACAGCAAAUCGUCAGUCUUAUGCAUUGCUAGACUUAAAGGGUUGACGAAAGCAUCUCAACUUGACCUCGCUCGGCUAACCUUUGGUUGCACGUGUGGGCAGUGUAUCGAGGGCUUCCUAAGCCCCCGAAUGACCUAUGCUCUUCUUUGUCAAGCAGAAAUCCAACACGACUUGCUCAAUGGUGAGGUUUUUCGAGAGUUGGGUCCUGAUUGGGUCGAUUGGCAUCGUGAUAUGUUCGAGUACGUUCCUGAAAAGGUCCAGGAUAAUUUCAAAACGAACAAGUCAAUGCGUCAGGGAUUUACUAAUAUGUUCGACUAUAUCGCUGCUUGCCUCAGAGCAAAGAUCCUUCCGACGGAAACCAACGUCCUGGCCACUCUGCGAAACACUGGUGAAUGGCCGCCUGCUACGGAUAAUUUCCUGCAGAGAGGAGGCUCGGUGGCUUCAGUCGCCACUAUGUGUUUCCAGUUAGCGAUGGAUCAAGAUGAAUUUGCCGGGGAUAGUCAACACCAAGAUGUCUUUUCAGGCCAAAUCGAAGCAUUGCCUGAAUGCAGAAAUGAUCACGAGUUCGGUUUUGUGAGUGGCAUGUGUGGGUACAAACGUAUCUCACAGAUUCGCUAUGUUUCUGUAUUUGGCGAGCCCUUAUCUCCGUAG